UGAAGUCUAAAAAUAAAGCAGACUAGCCCAAGGAGAUAGAACAAAGAGUACAUAAUAAGUUUCAGUUGCUAGGAGAGUGUAUGGGUUCUUAGAAUAUCUCACACAGACAUCACCUUCAUACCUUAUCAAAAAUUUUGUUUGGAACGUUUAAGAUGUGAGCUUAUAAUGAGCAGGUCAUAAGGGCGGGAUUAUCUGGCUGAGGGAGGCUGGGCACAUCCUCGUGUUUCCUAUCUCCAACUUCCAGAGUUUUGAGUUUCUUUGCAAUCACCAACAUUUCAAAGUAUGCCUCUAUUUGGUAAGCCAAAAAGCCCUCGUGAAUUAAUCCAAACUGUUAAUGAGAACAUAAUCAUUUUAAGUAACUGUGCCAAAACCGACAAAGAGCGGAAAAAAGCUGUUGAAGAUAUAGCAAGGGCUUUGACUGCUCUUCGGGAGCUGCUGACGGAUAAGUCAGAUACUCGAUUGACUGGCAAAGAACGAGAUUCAGAAUUAUCGAACUCUGAACGAGCACGAAUUAAUGAAAUCAUAACAGAUGUAACUCAUGAAAUCAUCAACCUCAAUCUUUUGCCACUUCUCGUAAACAAUUUGGAUGCCAUCGAGUUUGAGAGUUCUAAACAUAUCGUUGAUCUUUUCGGCCAUAUUAUGAGGCGACAGGUCGGAUCUUAUAAUCCUGCAGCUCAAUAUCUUCUGGCUAACUCUCAAAUUCUAAUAUCUAUUCUCCAAGGAUACUCCAAACCUGACACUGCUAUACACUAUGGUGCAAUGCUUCGGGAUGCAUGUCGACAUGAAUCUUUAGCCAAAGUUGUUCUUCGUUCACCAGAAUUUUAUCAGUUAUUUGAACAUGUACAAGGCACAGCAUUUGAUGUGAGCUCAGAUGCUUUUGCUACAUUGAAAGAUUUGCUUACUCGUCAUAAGGCUGUUGUAGCAGAUUUUCUAUCAGCUAACUAUGAUGUAUUUUUUGACCAUUAUAUGCAUAUGAUUUUAUCAGAUAAUUACGUCACAAAAAGGCAAGCAUUAAAGUUGUUAGGAGAGCUUUUACUUGAUCGGCAUAACAUCUCAAUAAUGACCAAAUAUAUUGCAGAUCCGGAAAACCUCAAAGUCAUUAUGAAUAUGUUGAAAAGUAAAGAAAAGCAAAUUGCUUUUGAGGCGUUUCAUUGUUUUAAGGUGUUUGUUGCAAAUCCAAACAAGCCACCAGCUGUUCAUAUGAUUCUAUUUCGUAAUCAGGAAAAAUUGCUAUCCUUUCUGACAGAUUUUCAAACUGAACGUACAGAUGAUGGUCAAUUCAAUGAUGAGAAACAGUACUUGAUCAAACAGAUUAGAGAAUUAAAACCAGUGCCUAUUUCGUCUAAUCCAAAUCCCACAUAAUUGAGCUCAAUUGCACGUUCUACCUAAUAGAAAUUUUUGGUCUUGUUCUUGUCAUUAUUUAAUGUGUCAGAUUUGUAUAAAAUAUGGUCUAUGCCGUACAUUCUUCAAUUAUAAUAUGUAGUCAGUACUCGAUUUUAGAUCCUCUAACACGUUUUGUGUAAUAAUUGAUAAAUAUUCUGUCAGUAAUUGUCUUUAUGUUGCAAAGACUUAAAUAUUUUUGAGAAAACUGUAUUAUUUACCAUAAGCAAUUUUCAUGUAUUAUCUCAUACUAAAAGAAGAGUAAUUUUUAAUGCCUCUGUUUGUUGAUAAUCUUCUUGUUGUAUACUACACUUAUUAUACUUGUUACCAUCAUACAUUGUUAAUCCGAGUUAUGUAACCUUAUUGGCUAUAAAUAAUUUUACAACUCUUUCCUCAUACAAUUCUCUCUUUUUUGCAUACAAACUUUUUCGUUAUUUCACUCAAUCGAAUAAUUUGUUUUAGUUCAGUUAGAUUUAUGCGAAAUAUUUUUUAUCCGUUUAUCUUGAUGGAACAAAUUAGCUGUAUUUUACAACCUUUUUGUACAACACUCAAAUUUUGUAGAAUAUAGCAUUGAAUGUGUAUAUAUACUUCUUUAGACGUCCACCUGUCUUUCCAUGAUAAUUCUGUGUAGUUAAGUCCUGCAUAUUGAUUCAGCCUGUUGAUUUCUCCCGUUUUGUUUUCCUUCUUUCCUGCUAGAUUUUUUGCAUAUUAAGGACUGUUAGUCGCGGAAGUGUCAGAGAAAUUGGAUUUCUUUUUUCGUAGUCUAUGUAGAGUAUUUUUGUUGAACUAAUAAAUUUUUUUGAUGUAAACAUCAUUAUUUACUUACUAUUUAACUUUUUUUUGAUAGUAUGUAGUAAUAAUGGAGUAAUUGGAUUCUGUUCUCUUUCUCCCAAACUGUUUCUUCCUCCAAUACAUAUUUCUUUACAUUAAAGUACAUUCAAUAAUUCUGAAUUUCUAUUUUCCUACCUAUGAUUUUCUUUUUACUGUUAAUAUUAUGAUUGUAGCAAUUGUAGAUGCGUAUAAUUCUUGUUGAGAAUCCUCGCCUGGUCUUUUGUUAUUAUUAUUCAUAAUUCUACUUUACUCUUGUGCACAUAUUUAGUAAUGGGAACGUAUAGAUUGAAUAAUUGGUGUUCUACUAUGUUAGCUUAUUUCUUAUUAUUAUACCCUACAUCCUCUUACAAUUUAAACCAAGCAGAUUAGUUAAUCAAUGUUAAUUUAUCGAACAGUGUGAUUAACAGUGAAUUUAAUCUUGGAAUGUCUCCAUAUUUUAAUUGUUCAGUUUUAUAUAGUUUAGGUUGUGCAUUGCUUUCUAAAGGCCUUAACUUUAUAAGAGUUUUGGUCAUUUUUAGCACAACUGAUUACUUUGCAUCCUAAAUAACGUAUUAAAUUAAAUUUUGGAGAUUAGGAUAAAAUUAUGGUAUUGAGAACCUAUGUGAAUUGCAACUGCGUAUUGGCGCAGCUGCUAUAUUCAUUCACAACUUUUGUGAAAGCGAUAUAAAUAAUUCGAAAUAGUUAAGAGUAUAAGCAAACAAACGUUUUUAAAGUUCAAUAUUGACUAAUUAGCUGUAUGUAGUUGAGCUGUAAACUGAAAAAGGUAAUAUGACGCUAGGUCACUUGUUAUCUACCUUAACUGACUAUUUACAAUGUAUUAUAUUAUAGAAAUUCAUGCAACCAAUGCUACCUUAACUACUGGUCUCACUUUUGAUUAAAGCAAAACAGUAAUACCAUGAAUUUCUUUUUGUCAUGGUCUAAUUGCAACACAAUCUACCAAGCUAUUAAGGUGUAAAUAACUGACUGAAAAUCUCUAUUCAUAAUUUUAACGGUGAAAAAAUACAUCUUCAAGGAUUCAAACUAUUCGGAUACAUACUGUGUCAUUUCAGUCAUUACUUUCUCACUUUAAUGACUAAAAAAUGAAGUUAAUAGACAUCUAUUUCUGAGAGGAAAUUUUAGAAAACACUUAUUUGGCUGAGCGAUACAGCAUCAAAGGAUUUAGUAAUAAAUUUCACCAUGUGUGAUAUUGCUCAACCAUGUAGCACAAUAUAGAAACAUGACCACCGGAUUCACAUCCUUUAAAAAGUUUCGUCACCUCAUGAAUCAGCUUUUACCGCAUUCCGUUUGGUUUUACAGAUUGUCUAUGACCGGAUCCACACACUAGCCCUAGUGACUACAUUUGCCUUUUUCAUUGUGAACUGAUAUUUAUGAUUAGAGUAGACUGGUGAUUUCGACUGUUUGACCAAUAUUUAAAGUGCUUUUUAUGAAUUAGUACGUUUAUUUGUUCUUUUGUGUAUUUGUCUGGUAAGUUAUUUCACUGCUUUUCAUGUGUUUGUAUUUCUUCUGAGAGCACAAGAAAUUAGGUAUUCAAAUUACACUAAUAUUUUUGCUCCAUAAACUUGUAAACCCUUACAAAUAACUUAGAUCUUAAAAACCAUACUUGACAUUUUAUCGUGUAAAACUUCAGUUUCGUUUAUGGUUAAGGAGUUAUUUAAUUAUUAAGACAUGUUAGUAGUUAGCCUUUUUUAUUUAUAUAUUUUUAUGUUUUGGAGAUGCGGAUCAUUUUCAUUGUUCAUUCAGUAAUUAAUUUGCAUUUAGGGGUUAAUAUAAUCAGUAAAUAGAUACAUAAACGAGAUUUAAUUCCUAAGAUCACAUGAAAGCAAUUCGUCAUACUUCAUUGAACUCAUACUUCAUAGGCCGUAUGUUUAUUCAUGAUAUAAAUAAACUCUUUUGGCUUCAUAGUUCUAUCUUCAUUACAUAUUCCUCCUACAGAUCUUAUUCACUAGUUUUUGAUUUGUUAACACCGUCGUUUAUUAGUGGGCGAUAUAUUUUAUGCUAAUAAUCAUUUCAACCUUAUUGCCAGUGUAUUUUGAAAAACAAACAAAUGAGCUGUAUUUAAUAGUUUGUGAACAAGUUACGUGAAAUUAAUUUCUAUCCGUCAGGUGUUCAGAAUAUAUCACAAUACUGUACUUGUGUACUUAAAAGUAUUUCAAACCAUUGAUAAUAGGUGAUCUGAUUUAAUUAUUCAAUUAUACUUGGGUUUGACCGUUGCAUAUAUUUAUAAUUGGGUUGAUAAUUGUCGUAAGCUCACCGAGAUUGCUUCUUGAUGGUUAAUUAACUAUUGCAGCUCACUUCCUGUGUGUACAUUUAUAUAUCUAGCUUCUAGAUGCACCUAGUGUGUGUCAGCAGGGCUAGUUGUGCUGCCCCAUUGUCCAAAGGAAAAUAGACGGGAUUGAGAUUCUCAACAACAAACCAAUGGUUGAAGGUCGGAUGCCGGACUAGGUCAGGAGUCCGCUUUAUGAUUUAUUUCACACCUUGAAAUCGCUGACUGUAAGGUGAACAUUGUUGACAGAAUUUUAGAGGUGACAAAUGUUAACAGUGCAAAUGCUUGUUGAAAAAUUAAAGGAAUAUAAAAUGGGUCAAUCAUUGAUAUGUUUUGUAAUCUAUAAAGAGA